CCUUGGAAGGAGUGAGAGAGAGAGUGGUUGAGUUAAUCAGAGAGAGAGCGAGAGAGAGAUCAGGGUAAAGGUUACUACUUCUUUCUGUGAUUUGUGAAGUGAAAUAAAGUGAAACUAGCUGUAUAAUGUCAUGGCAAGCAUAGCUAAGCAGUUUUCAAAGUCUUUCAAAUACCAUCAAGGCAUCAUGGAUUCUAUAUUCUCCGAAGUGUACUCGUGUGCCAUGUGGAUUAUGUGAACUUUAAACUUCCUUGAGAGCUCUCUCUCUCUUUAUCUCCAGGACUGGUGGCUGUGAGGAAUACACAGAAGACGUGGAGGAAGUGAGGAAACUGCAGGAUCAAACCAAAUCUAUAAGCAACAUUUCAACAUCUUUGUUGAAAACCCUAUAGUUUCCGCCAUUAUAUUGGUCUUGUUUUAAAUAUGAAAGCGUCUGGAUAAAAUCCGGCACAACGAGGAAGGAUGACUCAGAACAUGUUCCAGGAAGGCUUGUAUCAGGUGUUCGUCAGGGAGACUCAGAGUGAGCGGCCGCCUCCUGAAGCCAGCGAUGAGGGGGACCUGAGAGACGCGAGGAUCCGCCGCUGGUUCGGGACGGUGGUUGGCAGCAGAGUCUGUGUCACUGGGGCGACUCAGGCGGUCUCUGCCCUGGCCUGCAUACUAUCCACAGUUACCUAUUCCUGUGUGAGCUUCAACUGCUCCAUGAGCAUGACCAUGCCGGUGUGGUCCAGCGUGUUUUAUCUAGGCACAGGGGCUUUGGCUUUACUUCUCCCCAAGAAACCGACCAAAAUGCGGGUGGCCGCACUGAUGGUCCUCAACCUCUUCAGUUUCCUGCUGGGAUUCAGUGCUCUGCUGUCCUUCGCUGUGAACUCUGUGCACGCAGUAGCUCUCAAGACAAGCCAUCAGCGGAUUGGAUCGCGUGUAGCAGAGGGCAGCGCUAUAACCUUCACUGGGCUGUGUCUGCUGGCGUCCCUCUACACCCUGUUUCUGACCUGGAGGGGUUUACGUCGCUACAGCGCUCCCAACUCUCAGACCUACGGCCCAGUACCACAGCAUCUCGAUAACGGCACAUCUCCGCUACUGGAGCAAGCGGACCUCGGCCUUUAGAUCCAGCUCUUCAAGAGGACUCUGUGGCCCCUGGGUGCGUGUGGGGGCGCAGGCGGGGUCUCGGUGGUGCUACGAGGCCAGGGCGGGGGGGAGGUGCCAAGGCUGCACAGUGACAGGGCUGAGCAGGACAAGAGCAAUAGAACAACUAGAUACAUGUUUACAGAACAGCCAAAGAGGGAGAAAUGAACAGUUUGUAAGUUAUGGUGAAAAAAUAUCAUCAAUUAUAAAACCACUCCACGUUUCCAUCUCUCAAAAUAAAAAAACGAUGUUGUGCCAUGACAAGCAAA